GCGUUGAGAGAGAACUGGAUCUGUUACGAGUCAGGACAAAGACCUAUCGAACGGUCAUUUCCUUCGGCACUGCCCCCUGGACCUAGCGGAAAGUUGUAUAAAACCGCAUAUAAAUACGUGAACUUGAUAUUUGCUUACACUUUUCCGAGCGCCACUGAAUAGGGCACUUUCCUUGAGCGUUUUCCGAGCUAUGUGAUUUCGUCUACAACAAGAACAUAUCAUGGCAAAAAAGGAAAUUUAUAUCUUCCUCGCUUUCGCCGCGUUGGCAUUCGCUACUGAGGCGGAGGACUCUGAGCAGAAGAAGCGUGGUGCAGGUAAAGCUAAUGCUUUAAAUGCAAUACCAACAGGAGCCCAGAAGCCAGAGUAUACAUACAGCAUAUAUUCCCAAAAUACUGGCGUACAGAGCAAUCCUAGUCAGACAUACCAGAGUCAAGUGUCGAAUUCUUUCUAUCCUAACCAAGCCCCUAGUCAAUACUAUUCUUCGGGAAACUCAGCUGAAUCCAAUUCUGUAAAUGUACAACAACAAACCAAUAAUGCGCCCCAACAAACACAUUUCUCACAACUUAAUUAUGUACCGAACUCAGCGUAUCAGCAAAAGUAUCAAAUCAUACCUUCAAAGCCCAGUAACAAUGUGCAUUUAGCCGUUUUACAACAGCCAACUCCUUAUCCGACAUCGUCCUUAUUGCAUUAUCCACAAAUGCAAAUUCUUACAACAAAUCCCGCUUCUCAUAUAAGUCCACAUGGUUCUAUUUUGAGUGGGAUAACACCGCACAGCCACUUCAAUUUUCCACACUAUCAGUUACCGGCCUUUGGAAAUCCCUUCUUAACUCAUCCUUCUACAAUGGUAUUUGUUCCUCAAAUUAAUCCCAACCUAUAUAGUAACCUGGCCUAUACAAGUCCAUCACAGGGAGUUGUUAAUUUUUAUUCGGGGUCCACGCAAGCAAAGCAGAGUUAUCCGUCUAGUUUGUCAAUUUCAUCUUCUAAUGAAUAUGAAAAGCAACAUGGAGCAGUGCCUCAAUCAAGUGUGUCGAAAGAAGAUAAUGAUUUAAGUCUUCCAAGUGAUUAUAUUACUUCAGAUGUUAAUAAUGCUUACAAAAACGCGUAUAGUACAGGUCGCAAUUCAUAUACAAAGAUAUAGAUUUAUAUUCAGCCAAAAACAUUUAAUGCUCUAUUGUUUUACAUUAAGUUAUGAA